AUAUCGCUAAUUUUUACAACACUGUUAAAGAAUACUCUCGAUGCAUCAACUUUGCUGAACAGCUGACAGAAAGCGGCUUGCAAAUAUUUCUGAACUAUUAAAUUUGUUAAUAAAAUUAAAAUAUAGUGAAAUGGCUGAAGCCAAUUCUGCGGAUGCAUCAAACGGCGAGGACAAGAAGCUAUCGGAUAUCUUUUUAAACGGCUGGAACCUCUAUGAUGAGCUCGAAGUCACUGAGCUGCCCUUUAAUGGCACCGAAUUCCAGACUAAAGUGAAAACUGCUAUGGGACAUUUUGAACAGGCCACUGUCAUCGUCAACCAAGUGAGCAUGUUCAGCUCCAAUGAGUUAAUCGACGAAGUCUCCACAGAUUCACUUCCUUUCAUGCUGCUGCCGUAUUUUUUGGGUAAGCUCGCCACCAAGGUGAACAAUCCGAAUAGUUCUGAGAUGCUAGAGUUGGGGGAGAUCUAUUUCAACGAUCACCUGCAGCGCUGCCAGGAAUAUGAGCUAUGUGAAGCGCCACAGAAAAAAGAAGUUGACAACAAAACGGAUGCAGCUCAGCAGAAAAGCGAACAACGCCAAUUAAUGGAGGCUGCUUAUAAUCGUAACGAUAAGAUCGCUCAGUAUCGCAAGAUGAAGGAGAUUGACGAAUAUAUCGGUCGAAUGCGCGCCGCCGUUAAGAACAAAACCGCCGACGAUGAGUUGCGUCGUGAAUUCUUUUUAAAGUAUUUGCAAAAGAGUAUCCUGGACACUAAGCAGGAGCUAGAGAGUCUGCGUGUCAUGAAGGAGAUGGUUAAGAUGCGUCUGGCCCACAUGAAUGCCGCUCAAAAAGAGCCCAUUGGACCACAGCAACAGCCUAAAGCUGGUGCUUCCGCUCAUGGACAUGGCCAUAGUCAUGGACCUCACAAUCAUCAUCAGCAUCCAACAGAGGCAAAACCGAAGCCCUUGCAGCCAUUCAUCAUUACGCGCAAUGCCACACAAAAGGCAGUUUUUGGCCUUGGAUAUCCCAGCUUACCUAUUAUGACGGUCGAUGAGUUCUACCACCAACGCGUCGAGGAAGGCAUCUUUCCUGACGACGAGAAAAUGGCCAAGAUCAAUCAAGAAAAAGCAAUUGCUGCUGCACUCAACCCUAACGUACAGGAGGAAGAGGAGAAGGCCAUUGAAGAUCAACAGGUAGAGGACGAUGAUCCCGAGUAUUUGGCACGUAUGAGGCGCAUGGAUGAGUACAAGGAUGUGGUGCGUCGUGGUGAUGGCAACAGACACAAUCGUAGUUAAACUACACACUCAAUUUUUAUACGAAUAAAGAAAGUAUUUAAUGGUUAAC